GUACUUUUGCCAAAAACCAUAGACGCUUUAGGUAAGGUUAAAAUGCCCAUUCUCCGACGCGACCCGGGAAGAGUUCCUAAAUAGAAAAAAAAAUGAAAAUAUGGUAGUUCAGUUAGUUUGUUUCAGUAUAGAAUUAUUAAAACCGUUUACAUCCGUAGUGUCGAAAUAUUGCAAAAUUUUUCAUUUUCAGAAGAGCAUGUUCUCUAAAAUGUCCUCAAUAUCCAAUGGUAGUGGUAGCAGUGGUGACAAUGAAAAGGAUAAAGAAGAUACUGAAGCACCUCCACCAGCUUCUGUGCCGAAACCAGUAAAAAAGAAGGAAAUAAUUGAGAAGACCUACCAGAAGAAAACACAAUUAGAACAUAUCCUCCUACGUCCUGACACAUACAUUGGAUCUGUUGAAAAGGUUUCAGAGCUAAUGUGGAUUUAUGAUUCAGAAAGUAAAAUGAUUAUUCAGAAGCAGAUUGAAUAUGUACCAGGUUUAUAUAAAAUAUUUGAUGAAAUAUUAGUAAAUGCUGCUGACAACAAGCAACGUGACAAGAACAUGGACUGUAUUAAAAUUGAAAUCAAAGCUGAAGAAAAUACAAUUUCGGUUUGGAAUAAUGGGAAGGGUAUUCCUGUAGUAAUGCACAAAGAGGAAAAAAUGUUUGUUCCGACUAUGAUCUUUGGUCAUCUGUUAACUUCUUCAAAUUACAAUGACGAGGAAGAAAAAGUUACAGGUGGUAGAAAUGGUUAUGGUGCUAAACUUUGUAACAUAUUCAGUAACAAGUUUAUAGUUGAAACAUCUUCCAAGGAAUACAAAAAGCAAUUCAAGCAAACCUGGGCUAGCAAUAUGACCAAAGCCUCAGAGCCCAAGGUUAAAGAUGCCUAUGGUGAAGACUACACUAAAAUCACUUUUAGUCCAGACUUAUCUAAAUUUAAAAUGGAAAAAUUAGAUGAUGAUAUUGUUGGUUUAUUAUCAAAGAGAGCCUUUGAUGUGGCUGCCUCUACCAGAGGCGUUAAAGUGUUCCUAAACAACACCCGACUUCCAGUAAAGAAUUUCAAAGAUUACAUUGAUUUGUACAUCAAGGGUAAGGAAGAUGAUACAGGUAACUCACUGAAAGUAGUUCAUGAAGUAGCCAAUGAUAGAUGGGAAAUAGCUGUAACUCUGUCUGAUAGAGGAUUUCAACAAGUAUCAUUCGUUAACAGUAUUGCAACAACAAAAGGGGGUAGACAUGUUGAUUAUGUCACCGACAUGAUCGUUAAAACAACUCAUAGAAGUGUUAAAGAAGAAAAAUAAGGGCGGUGUAAAUAUUAAAGCAGCUCAAGUAAAGUAUCACAUGUGGGUGUUCAUUAACUGUUUGAUUGUGAAUCCAACCUUUGAUUCUCAAACAAAGGAAAAUAUGACCUUACAAAUGAAGAGUUUUGGAUCAAAAUGUACUUUGUCUGAAAAGUUUAUUACUCAGGUAACGAAGAGUGGUAUUGUUGAACAUGUGCUGUCUUGGGCUAAGUUCAAAGCACAGAAUGAAUUGGCGGCAAAGACGAGUGGGAAGAAGCAAAGUAAAUUAAAAGGUAUUGCGAAGUUGGAAGAUGCCAACGAAGCAGGCACUAAAAAUGCUUUAAAAUGUACUCUGAUAUUGACUGAGGGAGAUUCAGCUAAGAGUACAGUAGUAUCAGGUUUGGGUGUUGUCGGUAGAGAUUACUAUGGUAUAUUUCCUCUUAGGGGUAAAUUAUUGAACACCAGAGAAGCUACGCACAAGCAAAUUUUAGAGAAUCAAGAAAUUAACAAUAUUAUUAAAAUCUUAGGUUUACAGUAUAAGAAAAAGUAUAAUACUCCGGAAGAUAUGAAAACUUUAAGGUAUGGUAAAGUUAUGAUAAUGACAGAUCAGGAUCAAGAUGGAUCACACAUAAAAGGUUUACUGAUCAACUUCAUACACCACAAUUGGCCGGAACUUCUAAAGCAAAAUUUCUUAGAACAGUUCAUCACACCCAUUGUCAAGGCUCGUAAAAAGAACGAAGUUUUAUCAUUCUAUUCUCUACCAGAAUUCGAAGAAUGGAGGUCAAAUACACCAAACUCUCAUACAUACUCUGUCAAAUACUACAAAGGGUUGGGUACUUCUGAUGCCAAGGAAGGCCGAGAAUACUUCAGUAACAUGGAUAGACAUAGGAUCAAAUUUCGAUACAGUGGUCAACAAGAUGACGAUCACAUUCUUUUAGCCUUCAGCAAAAAACAGACCGAUAAUCGUAAAGAAUGGUUGACUAAUUUUAUGGUUGAAAGUAGAAGAAGAAAGGAGAUCGGACUGUCCGAAAAAUAUCUUUAUGCUAAAGAUACGAAAUUUGUAACAUUCACAGACUUUAUCAAUAUGGAAUUGGUACUGUUUUCAAAUGGAGAUAAUAUUAGAUCUAUACCGAGCGUAGUGGAUGGAUUAAAGCCUGGACAGAGAAAGAUCCUAUAUGUUGCUUUUAAACGUAAUGAUAAACGUGAAGUCAAAGUAAGUCAAAUGGUCGGAUCAGUCAUGGAAAAGGCUGCUUAUCAUCAUGGUGAUACUUCUCUGGCGAUGACAAUCGUUAACCUGGCUCAAAAUUUCGUUGGCAGCAAUAACAUAAAUCUGUUGGAACCAAGGGGUCAAUUCGGUACUAGACUCUCCGGUGGUAAAGAUUCUGCUAGUCCAAGGUACAUUUUUACUAAGUUGUCACCUUUAUCGAGGUUGCUUUUUCAUGUUCACGAUGAUCCUUUACUCAAACAUGAAUAUGAUGAUAAUAUGAAAAUUGAACCAGUGUGGUAUAUUCCGAUUAUACCAAUGGUAUUGGUUAACGGAGCUGAUGGUAUUGGUACUGGUUGGAUGACGAAAAUUCCAAACUUCAACCCGAGAGAUAUUGUCAAAAAUCUAAGGAGGAUGUUAGAUGGCGAAGAACCUAAAGAAUUGAUACCUUGGUAUAAGAAUUUUCAGGGCACCAUCCAAUAUUGUGGUGACCAGCGAUAUGUCAGCAAUGGUGAAAUCUCUAUUCUGGAGGAUGACAGAGUUGAAAUAACUGAGUUGCCAAUAGGUACUUGGACUCAAAAUUAUAAAGAAAAUGUGUUGGAACCUAUGUUACAUGGAUCUGAUAAGGUUAAAUCUGUAUUAACAGAUUAUAGAGACAACUGUUCAGACGUGACGGUAAAGUACACCAUAACUCUCCAAAAUGGCCAAUUAGAGGCUAUGGAGAAGGAAGGCCUACAUAAAAGCUUUAAGCUACAAAAUCUCAUUACCACUACUUCCAUGUGCGCUUUUGAUGAAUAUGGAUGUCUGAGAAGGUAUGAUUCAGUGAUGACUAUUCUUCAAGAAUUCUACGAUCUUCGUAUCAAGAUGUAUGCAAAAAGAAAAGACUUCCUGCUAGGUGUUCUCGAUGCUGAAGCUGCAAAACUAUCAGCUCAGGCAAGGUUUAUAUUGGAGAAAUGUAACGGUGAAUUAGUUGUAGAAAACAAAAAGAGAAAAACUAUAGUAGAAGAGCUAGUUAAAAGAGGUUAUCCCCCAGACCCCGUUCUGGAAUGGAAAGCGAAGAACCUAACUGAGGACGACGAAGAGAACGCCGAUGCAGAACAAGAGUCACAAGAAACCGAAGAUACUGAAGAAAGUGAGAACGCUAAAAAGAAGGCGGACACUGUAAAGAGUCAUCCUGACGUAAAAAAAUUCGAUUAUUUGUUAGGUAUGUCUAUGUGGAUGUUGACCGAGGAAAGGAAAAACGAAUUGCUGAAUCAAAAAGAAAAUAAACUAACGGAACUGAAUGAUCUAAAGAAAAAGACACCAUCGGAUUUAUGGCGCGAUGAUUUGGAUGUCUUUAUAGAAAAUUUGGACAAGUUGGAGAAGAAAGAAAAAGAUGAACAGUUGAAAGAGCAGUUGAAUCAGGCUAAACAGAAAAAAGAAACGGGUAAGAAAAGGCCAAAAUUCUUCGAUACGGCGCCUAGCGCAAUGGCCCAGAGGGUGGAGCCCGUUAUCUCUGAGGAUAUGAAGAAGAAAAUUCAAAAUGCCGUUAAAACCAAAGCUAACAGAAUGAACAAAGGAAUUAAGAGAGAAAAUAUCGCCGAAGAGGAAGAAGAUGAAUUUGAUUCAAUGGUUAAGAGUAAGAAAACACUGAAAGAUAAAUUAGGCACACCCGAAGAACUAGAAAAGAAGCAGAAAAAGAAAACCGCUGGAGAUGGACUGAAACAAUCCAAAUUAAACUUCCCUUCCGUAAAUGGUUCUCCUAAAAAGAAAGGGCGAAAGAAGAAAGAGUCCCAAUCAGAAGACGAGUUGGCUGCGUCUGGUUCAGGAUCAGAUGUAGAAUUUGUAUCAAAGGCGAGUAAUCCAGUUAAAGAAAGAGUUCUUAAUAGAAGAGCUGCUACUAAAGUAAACUACACCUUGUCCGAUAAUGACGACGAUGAGAAGUUUUCUGACAAAGAAGACGAGUUGUUUGAUAAUGAGGCUGUUAAGGAAGCGAGUUAUUAUAAGGAGGUGUUACAUGAAAGUUCCGAUGAAGAAUCCAAACCCCAACCCAGGCAUGAAACAUCGGAGGAUAUGUUUGAUAGCUUGAUCGGAAGAAAGAAAGAUGAUGACGAAGAACAAGAGAGCAAACCCAUUGAAACAAAUAAAAGGAAAAAAGCUGACGAUUCAGAGUCCGAUCUCGAUGUAAAGAAAAGAAAACCCAAAUAUAAUGAUUCGAGUGAUGACGAGGCGUUCGAACCCGUUAAAGAAAAAGCAAAACCUAAACCAAAAGCAAAGCCUAAAGAGCCUAAAGAAGAUAAACCCAAGAAACCUAGACAAAAAAAGAAAGCUAAAACUAAAAUUGAUUCAGACAAUAGCGACAUAGAAAUAAUUCCAACAAAAAAACCUCAGGCUAAAAAGACUUUGGAAUCAGAUGAUGAUAUACUAAUAGAUGAUGACACGCCUCCCAAAAAGACUACUAAAGGUAAAAAGAAGAACGUUGAUGAUGACGAUUUUGUUAUUGGUGGUGAAGUAAUGGAUGUUGAUAGCCUGAGUCAAGAAUCUAAAAAGCCCGUUAGAGCUGGACGAAACGUGGCUAAAACUAAGUACAUGUUUGAUGAUUCAGAUGACGAUUCGUUUUGAUUUUCAAAUAUCGUAAAGAGGUCCAUAUGAUUUGUACAUAGUAGACUUGUGAAUGUGUUUGGGAACCUCCUGAGUCCCCUGGCUACUAACGUGAAUUCCUUCGAGGCCGUUAGCCAGAUUAGGUUUACUUUUGCAUUUAUUUAAGUUUUAAGUUUAUUUUAAUUCAUGAUUUGUAUUUAUUACUGAUAAAGAUACAAUUCGUAAGUUAUAUUUACCAACAAAUCUCGAUUGGAGAAGUGGAGUGGAUUCUCUUUAAGUAUGCAUAGUGACGAAUAUUUGUGAUUUGAGAUGACGUGAUUAUUUUUUAUGAAACUUUAUAAUCAAAUGUGUUGACAUUUUAUAUGUCGGCAAAUAAGGUCAAUUGUAUGAAUAUUCUUAUAUUUCCAAAAAAUUUCAACAAAUACGUAUCAGAUAUGCCCAAAGCUCACCAACCAAAAAUCAAAAUAACGCGAAUGACUUUUCUGCACACAAUAUAUUGUGGCAGAUAUGUCAUGUUUAUAAGUUUCUACUUAACAAGUACGAUUUGAAGUAAUGUAAAAAGUUUCGUAUAAAAUAUCAGAAAGAAAUUCCUAAAAUUAAACAAGAAUUGUAGGCUUUGUGAUUUUACAGGAUUUAGUAUGAUAUUGAAAUGUGAUAUUUUUAUUUUUGUAUCAGUAAAAAGUUUUAUUCGGUUUAAACAUUUAGCUAAAGAUUUUAGUAAGUUCUUGUUUGAUUUAUUUACAUGUUUUAAACGCUGAAUAAAUAUAUUUUUUAAAAUUGUUAAUCGCACAAUUUUAGACUGCAAUGAAAUGCGGAACAGUUUUCAAGACCUAUAUACUUUUGUCUAACUUAACGACCACUCCACCUCCCUAGUGUUUUAUUUUAUAAAUAAAAACUUGUUUUUACUUU